AUGGCCGCGGCCGAGGUGCUGGCGCUCACAGAAAGCUGCUUCGCAAACGGUCAUGGCUGCCCGGCAACACAGCCCUCGCAGACUGGGUGGGGUGAGCGCUCGUUACGCGCCCAGCUGAGUUUGAUCUCUCAGGCUUGGUCGCUGAAGAGGAGAACAAUACAGAAACUCUACACGUCACACACAACGCAGUGCGUCGAGAGGACCCUCAUCGUCCCCGCCACAUCGACAGUAUGGUCUAGAAGAAUACCCCGAGGCGCUGCUGAAUCGUCAGCAUCCUCCACACCCACCUUGGCCGACAAAGUCAUGGACCCGAGUGGAACCGAUACCUUUGCACGCCGACAGAAUUACGCUUUCGAUGCUUCAAGUCCCGCGCUGGGAUCAACUUCAUCUUCAUCCCGAGAUCGCCAAUCCUCAAAAGACCUCUUGAGUGACCCCGCGUUCGACAUCCUUCUCGACCUCAACUCGGAGGACGGCCGGCGCGCGCAUGCGAAGAAGAAGAAGAAGGCUGCGUCAACACCGUUAAACCUUAACGACAACAACGGCAAUGAGAAGAAGGACGAUGCCGCUGGCGGCGGCAACGGCGGCAACGGCGACCUAGGCGGAGGCUCAGCUGGGGACGCCGGCGGUGGUGCUGGAGAUGGUGGCAAUGGCGGUAAUGGUGGUGACAAGCCAGAAGACGAUUGGGCUACUUUCAGCGGUUCCAAGGCCAAGGCCAACGGCGCGCCCCAGGUCGGAGGACUACCCGACAUUCCAACGUCCGACUUUGGCACCGAAGCCUUCCAAGAGAUCAAACUUGGCGACGAUUCCGGAGGCAAGCCCGCACCUUAA